GACAACGCAAGCGGUCGGUUGUGUGGUUCGCUCGCUGAUUGGUCUCUCAGUCUCUGUCUCUGUCCCGACACACGACACCACUUCGGCCAGUGGCAGGCGGUUUGAGUGCGCGCUUUCCUUAGUGUCUUCGCCGGAAUCUUGAAGUGGAUCUUACGUUUGGAGCAAAUCCGGGCUAACAUUCAGCUAACAGCCCACAGCCAGCAGGAAGAGAAAGACCCGCAGCCAUGGCAGAGAACGAGCCGCUGAACGAGACACAGAAGCAGGUGAAUGGUCGCAUCCUGCCCAGCAACGGACACAUAUCACCGGCAUCCAGCAAUGGCCAGGUGCAUGCCAAUGGCAGGAGCCUGGUCAAGACGCCGUCCCUGGCGAAUGGGAACGGGGCGGCCAACGGCACACACAUCGAGGCGCCCUGCUGUCGAGACAUACACGGCAAGGAGCCGCCGGAUGGCGGAGCCCGGGCCUGGCUCGUCAUGGUCAGUGCCUUCCUCUGCAACGGCAUCAUUUUCGGUUUCAUCAACACCUACGGCGUGCUGCACUCGCUGCUGAGCGACCGCCUCACAGCACUGGGUGACCCGGAGGCCUCCAGUAAAGCGGCUCUCGUUGGCUCCCUGGCCAUUGGCACCACAUUCCUCUUUUCCACAGUCGCCGGCUGUCUGACGGACAAGAUCGGUCUUCGGCUGACCACCUUCGCUGGGGGAGUUCUCUCGGCCGGGGGCCUGUUGCUGUCCUCGUUCUUUACCGAGAACAUCAGUGCCCUGUACUUCAGCUAUGGGAUCAUGUUUGGUCUUGGCGCGGCCCUGGCCUACACACCAACUCUUGCCAUACUGGGGCACUACUUCAAGCGGUACCUGGGCAAGGUGAGCGGGUUCGUGACUGCGGGCUCCAGCGUCUUCACUGUGAUACUGCCGCCCUGCCUGGACAGUCUUCUGGGCGGCUACGGCCUGGAGGCCACGCUGAGGAUUAUGAGUCUCAUGUCUGCCUUCAUAAUUGUGUGUUCCUUCGUGUACAAGCCGCUGCAUCCACCGCCGGAUCCGCCCAAAAAGAAGCCAGGAAGGUCGCGCAUCAACCUCUUUCUGCGCUCCAUUGUCAACGUGGAGAUCUGGAAGCGCAAGCGUUUCGUUAUCUGGGCUCUCUGCGUACCGCUGGCCCUGUUCGGAUACUUUGUGCCCUACGUCCAUAUGAUGCAGUUCGUGAAGACGACAUUCCCGGGCGAGGAUGUCAACCUGCCGGUCAUGUGCAUUGGCAUCACGUCCGGGAUUGGACGCCUGAUCUUCGGCAUCAUUGCCGACAUGCCCGGUGUGAAUCGCAUGUAUCUGCAGCAGCUGUCGCUGGUAUCCAUUGGCGUCGUGACUCUGCUGCUGCCUCUGACCAACUCAUAUGUGGUCCUGGUCUCUUUCACCCUGGUUAUGGGCCUCUUCGAUGGCUGCUUCAUCUCCCUGCUGGGUCCGAUUGCCUAUGAGAUCUGUGGACCCUCGGGUGCCACACAGGCGAUUGGCUUCCUCCUGGGACUCAGCUCUAUUCCCCUUACCGUGGGGCCACCGGUGGCCGGUAUGAUCUUCGAUGGCACGGGAUCAUACACGGUUCCAUUUGUAUUGGCUGGACUGCCCCCAUUGGUGGGUUCUUCGCUGCUGUUCCUCAUCAAGUGCGUGAAGGAUGACAGCAACGCCGCCAGUCCGCUUCGAGCUGUGGCACUGCCUAACGGUGACAUUGAGAUCGCCAGCAAUGGAAAUCAUCUGACGGGUGGCACCAAAUCCAGCGCUCCUCUCAUGGGUGCGGCGGCCACGUACGGCGUUAAUGGGGUAUCACCGACGGCCCUCAGCAACGGACAUGGACAUGUGGACAACGGAACUGAGAAACUCACCGUUACCGACGGAUCGGCGUCGUAGAGAGAGUCGCUGUUGUCGUCCACUAACUCAAAAUUCCACAAAACUUUCGAAAAACUUUUGAAAAGUUCUGCCAUUUUACAGCUGCAGUCGCCUCAUCGGAGACAGUGCUCAGCCAGCGCAAAAAUCGAUGGUGUUCAUUUUGUAUACACCCUUUUACCCUCAACACACAUCAUAUCGGUGGAGAGACUUGUGCACUAUAUAUGUACAUAUAGGUACAGAUUCUCGUAUCCUUCUUCAUACGUGCAUACUAUAUUUAGGCUAAGGCAAUUCGCAAUCCAAAUAAAACUAAUCUACUAAUUUUUAAAUAAAUGAUA